AUGUUAAAAAUAGUUCAUGAAGGUCAUAUGGGAAUUGAAAGAUGUAAAAAUUCAAUAAAAGAUUUAAUAUUUUGGCCUAACAUAAACUCUGAUAUUAAGAACAUUGUUGAAAAUUGUGAGGUAUGCAUGAAAUAUAGAAAUAAUAAUUCAAAAGAACCUUUAAUACCACAUGAUAUACCUCAAAUACCUUGGUUUAAGUUAGGAACUGAUAUAUUUCACUUUGAUAAUAAAAUAUAUUUAUUAGUGGUAGACUAUUAUUCCAAAUUUGUAGAAAUUGCACAUUUGACAUCAGGGUUCACAAGUAUUUCUGUUAUUCAACACCUAAAAUCAAUAUUUGCUAGAUUUGGAAUACCAUCUGUAAUAGUGUCCGAUAAUGGUCCACCAUUUAAUUCAUUAGAAUUUAAACAAUUUAUGCAUGAAUGGGACAUAGAGCAUGUCACUUCAAGUCCAAAUUAUGCUCAAUCUAAUGGUUUAGCUGAAAGAUCAAUACAAUCAAUAAAGAAAUUACUAAAAAAAUUUCAAGGUGAAAAAGGGGGUAAUUACAGAAGAAAUAGAAAACACUUAAUAGCUUCUUCAUUAACCACCUCUAAAACUAUUAAUUAUGAACUUGACACACAACCUAAUUUAAAUUUAAACUUAGAUAAAAAGUGUACUCGUUCUGGUAGAAUGAUAGUUAAACCUAAGCGGUUAGACUUAUAA